GUCCUCGGUUCGAUGCUGUCUACCUGGAUGUCGCGGGGCGAUCCUGCAUCGUUUCCCUAAAGAUCCUGUUCGACGACGUCAAUGUUUCUCCUUCCAUGGGUAGCUCGCUUGCCGCGGUUUGACCUCCAAGUUGAAGAAAACCAGUUGGGUCAUAUUGGCAGAAAACACCAACGACCGGAUGAUACUCCAGUCUUACAAGAUGACAGAUCUGUCGUUGGCAACCCACAAAGAAACAGACCACCUGGAACAUCUGACGCGUCGUUCGUUGCGCCUCGAAGGGGGAUCGAUUCCAGGCGACCUAGGCGAGCUUCACGAGAACUGCCAGAACCGCAUAUACCUGUGACACUUGUCGUGGCUUUCUUAUUUGUCUACAUGCUUUGCGGAUCGGUGGUGUUUUCCAUAUUCCAUGAUUGGACCUGGUUCGAAUCAUUCUAUUUUAUUUUCGUGUCGAUGUCGACGAUAGGUUUUGGCGACUAUGUUCCCGAGCAUCCUUUGUCGAUGAUGGCAACUUUUGUCUAUCUACUGUUUGGGCUGGCCCUUACCUCAAUGUGCAUCAAUGUUAUACAGGAAAAACUCAAUGCCACCUUCCAAAAGGCUAAGCUGCACAUCGCAUUGUCCCUUGGACUUGAACCUGAGGCUUUUCAAGACGAAGGACUCACUACAGUCUACGAAGAUCUGCGCGAAGACCUCACCGAUCGACUGGAUGAAAUUAAACAAGGCAGCAUAGUACAAUUAUAGAUCAAAGUAUAUGCUAUCUAUAAAGUUAAUUUUCAGGUAAAAGAUCGCAAAAUACUGGGAGAAGAAAGUUGCUGCUUAUUUAAAGAUAAGGUUUCUAAGAUAAAGCUCUAACAUAUGACAGUUGAGUCAAGCCUGUACAACUUUCUGGAUCCUGUCCUAUCUACUAUUAAGGAGGAGAUUAUCACAGUUUUUUCCGUUACAUGGACGGCUAUGUCUAUGUUUUAAUAUAUACUUCUAUACAAAAGAAAGGAUCCGUAUUCAAGUGGGAAAAAAAGCUCGAGUAGAUGAAGUAUAGAGCUUGGACUAUAACAUUGGUACUGUUCCCGUAUGUCACAAUAUUGGAAUUCCAAGGACACAGAGAAAACUGAAGGCCUGGGACUAAGUUUGCGAAAUGAUCUAUCCUAAGUAAAAUUAACGACGCGCUUAGGACGAGAAAAGACAAGAAUUAUUAAGAGACUAUUUAUCCCAUCUAUUUUUGAUUUUUCUAGUUAGUUUUCAAUGUCUAUUGAUCCAGAUUGAAAUAAUUCCUAUCAAUUACAUUUCAGCAGUGCGGCCAAGCCCAGCUUAUCUUGGAAUGUCGGAAUAAAGACAAAAAAUAAUUUUUUUUAAUAUUUUUAAUUCUUUGUCUCCAUCGCGUAGCUUAAUACAAUGCAAUGAUAUUGUACAAUGUUCACGAGAGUUAAAAGUAUCUGUACAAUGCAUUAAUAACAAUAAAUAAAUUACUAAACUUUCGAAUUUCCUAGAGCAAACUGAAUAUCUAAAUCACAAUUUUUGAUCACUAACAGAUU